UCAUGACCUUGUGCAGGCAGAGUCUUCUCUGGAAGCUUCCACCCACUCUGCUCUCUAUAAAGGUAGAUGGGAGAGCCUGCAGAGCUCAGAAGCUGAGAUCUACGCAGUAACUUCCAUCUGUCUCCCUCCACCAUGCAGAUUUCCACAGCACUUCUAUUCUUGCUGCUCACGGUCACUUCCUUCACCUCCCAGGUGCUGUCUCACCCAGGCUCCAUCCCAACUUCCUGCUGCUUUAUCAUGACCAGUAAGAAGAUCCCCAACACCCUACUGAAGAGCUACAAAAGAAUCACCAACAGCAGAUGCCCCCUGAAAGCCAUAGUCUUCAAGACCAAGUUGGGCAAAGAGAUCUGUGCUGACCCCAAGAAGAAGUGGGUCCAGGAUGCCACAAAGCACCUGGACCAAAAACUCCAAACUCCAAAACCAUAAACAACCUCCUCUUUUGACACUAGCCCAGAGCCUACGAAAUGCUUGAUCCCUUCUCUUUCCUAAAUAUGCUCUAAGGGAAUAUCAUAAACCAGUCCACUAAGGACUUGGCUUCAUGUAGUUCCAGAUGGGACUGGAAGUCAUUAUAUUUGCUGAAAUAAGUCAGACUCAAAAGAUUGUGUAAUUUCUUGCAUAUGCAACAUCUUAAAAGGGGGGUAUGAAAGGAGAUGUGGGGUUAUUGAGAAAUAGAAUGGAACAAGUUAGGGGUAACUGAGGAUAAUAGAGGGUAUAUAUACAAUCAAAGCACCUUAUACACAUGUAUGAAAAUGUCAUAGUGUGAUCCAUGUUUUUGCACAAUUAAUAUAUACCAAUUAAAAUUUUAAUAUUUAAAGACAUGUUACACUUAAGAAAUUGGAGUUUUAAAGCAUAUUUUAAU